AAUAAAUUAAAAUGAGGGUUUAGAAAUGGUGUUGUUACCUUUAUCGCACUCACGUAACUGUCUCACUCUCGCCACCACCACAUUCCCCACCGCGCCGUCUAACACUCUCUUCCACCUCUCUGCACCGCCACCAACCACCACGCCAUCCCAAAAGCUCGGCGUCCACAACAUUUCCGAAAACCACCUCUCGUGAUUUUUAAUUGGUUUGAAGCUGUUACCAUCUGGAAGUAACACUUCCUAGUUUGUUGGUGAAAGAUUAGAGUAGAAGAAAAAUGUUAAGGAGAAGGCUUUCUGUUCUCUCGACUUCAAUCAUCAGAAGUUCGAUUCACAACAAUUCCGUUCUCGGACACCCGUCUGUCCAAUUUCACCCCCCGCAGCUCCCUCACACUCUCAACGUUCGUGGAACAUUUAAUCCCAAUGCACACCCAGCUUUUCAAGGGUUUAGAGCUUAUAGUCUUCUGAGCUUGAAUGAUCUAAGAGGUAAGGUUCCCCGAAAACAGAAGACAAGGAAAGGUCGCGGGAUUGGGUCUGGAAAGGGGAAGACUGCUGGGAGGGGUCACAAGGGCCAGAAUGCCAGAAAAGGUUCUAAGUUGGGGUUUGAAGGAGGCCAAACCCCUCUUCGUCGUAGGAUGCCUAAACGUGGCUUCAAGAACCCAUUUAGCCUCACAUUUCAGCCAAUAGGUUUGGGAAAAAUUGCAACGUUUAUCAACGCAGGCAAGAUAGAUUCUUCUGAAUUGAUCACAAUGAAAACACUCAAGGAUGCAGGGGUACUCGGGAAACAAAUUAAAGAUGGAGUAAGAUUGAUGGGGCGUGGUUCUGAGAAGAUCCUAUGGCCAAUUCAUCUAGAGGUAACAAGAGUCACCGUUAGGGCCAAGGAAGCAGUUGAAGCAGCUGGUGGGUCUGUCAGAAGGGUGUAUUACAAUAAGCUAGGCUUUCGGGCACUGUUGAAGCCUGAGUGGUUUGACAAGAAAGGACGAUUGUUGCCUAGAGCAGCUAGACCUCCACCAAAGCAACAGGAUAAGGUUGAUAGCAUUGGACGGCUUCCUGCCCCGAGGAAGCCAAUUCCAUUUUUAAUUGAAGAAAGCAAGGAUCUUCCAGUAAACCAGCUCAGUUAAAUAACUAACAUGUUUAGUACCCUUUUUCCGGAAUUUGUAUUUUUUGUAAGCAGUUUGCUCAAAAGGUUUUUAUGCAGUCUCUCGGUAUGUCCUGAUAGUUCAUUCCUAAUAGAUAAAUUAAUUUCAUUUGGAGCAAAUGAAAUGAGGAAAUGUUUUUCGUGUAAUUUCUUUUUAAGAAACUGAUGUUGGUCACUCAGCUGAACAGAACUAUAUUUUGUGUGUGCUGAGAGUAUGAUGUUGGUCUCUUCAAUAAUAGAAAGUUGCUAGAACUAUUUCAA